AUGCUGUUCACAGGGGACAGCAGAGUGCGCAGGCUGGGCGCAGGCAGCAGCAGGGCCGAGGCGGAGAGCCGAGAGCGGCUGCUGGAGCGCACCCGGCGCGAGCGGGAGCAGCGCGCGCAGGAGCGGCUGCGCGCGCGUGCUGCCACGACCAUUCAGGCCAAAUGGCGGCAGUGGCGCACGGUGCGCAGCACCGCGCAGGAGUUGCGGGAGGAGUGGGCCGCCCGUUGGGACGACGCCGCCGCGGCCGCAAGCCCUCUGUUUUUGGCGGGUUUGGUCAGCGAUGACCGAUGCCUGGCGGCGCUGCUGCGUUUCUAUGAUCCACGGCGGGGCGACGACUGGGGGCGGCUCGGGGCGGCGUGCGGCGUGCUGGUUCGCAGCAACGGCGAAGGUUUGGUGGCGCUCCUACAGCAGCAGCAGCAGCAGCAGCAGCAGCACCAACACGGGCAUCAGGACGUCCUCCUGCGCGUGCGUCAGCUAGCCUUGUGCUGCCUCAAGUCGCUCGUCCACAACCGUGCUUCGCUGCAGCGGCUGCUACAGAGCCCGCGCGGCGGCUGCACGGGCUGCAGCGCGGCAGAGGCGGCGGCGGCGGCGAUGGCGGAGUGCGCGCUGCUGCUGCUCACCCCGGAGUUAUGGCAGCGCGCCUGCGGCGGCUCAGCAUGGGGCGCCGCCCAGUUCGCGGGCACUCUGGAAUUCUUGGCCAGGCGCGGCCCGCUCCUCUCGCUGGUUGCUGAGCUGGUGGCAAGCCUGCCGCCGCGCGCCGCCGCGGGCGGCGCGCCCGCUCUUGGCGAGGCCAUCGCGACGCAGGCAGCCGUGCGCUGCAUGGCGCUCCAGCCGCAGCCGCAGCGGCUGGGGCUCGUGGCGCUUGUGUGCGUCCCCGGCCUGUGGCAGCGCUGCCCCUCGCUCGCGCCGGCAGGAUCGCAGCUGGCGCUGCGGGCGCUGUCGGAAUUCGGCCCGCUGCCGGGCGCAGCGCAGGUUGCCGAGCUGCUGCCGAGCGGUGGCCGGGACGGCAGGGGCAAGGGCGCGGCGGCCGCGGCGCUCCUGGCAAAUCUGGUGGCAUUGGGACAGCGGCUUGUGCCCCAGCAAUCGCAACAGCAGCAGCAGCAGCAGCAGGCUUUGUUACAGGCCCCACCAGCGGCGCAAGUUGUGGCUGUGCUGGUGGCGCUCCUGGCCCUCGUGCCUGAGCGAGCUUUGCCGCGCCACCUGCAGUGGGAGCAGCAGCAGCAGCAGCAGCAGCAGCAGCAGCAGCAGCAGCAGCAGCAGCAGCAGCAACAUGUGUUGGAAGCAGCACCCGACGCGGAAGAGCCGCACGCCGAGAGGUGGCUUCCAGCAGCCGCGGCGGCGGCGGACGGCGGGCGGUUGGUUUGGCCGACGGGUGGCGUGCAGCCCAUGGACCCCUUGGUCUCGCGGCAGCUGGCGGAUCUGGGUGGAGACAGCGGGCUCGCCCUCCUGGGGCGGCUGGUCGCAGCCAGCCUCCCGGCCGCGUCGGCCGCCGAGGCUGCUGCGGCGCCGCCGCCUGCGCCGCCGCACGCGUGGCGCGUGUGCCAGCUGAUGUGGCUCGUGCUGAGCCUCCUGCCGCAGGUCGCGCGGCUGCGAGCUCUGCUGAGGCUGAGCGUCUCGACGCAGCUGCCCGCCCGUGUAUGGUUCAACCUGCUGCGGCCGCUGCAGCGCAGCGGCGGCGGCCCGGCGCGCGCGGCGAUGGGCCCCCAGGCACCUGCAGGGCCCUCCUUCGGCAGCAGCUCUGGCAUCGGUGUCGGCGGGAGCGCUCCCGUGUUGACUGCGUUUGACCGGGAAGUGGCGGCGGACGGCGGCGCGGCUGCGGGGCCCUCUGCGUGGGGCGACCCUGGGUGGCAGCUGCCCCUGGUGGUCCUGAGCCAGUCGCUCGGCAGCUUCAUGGCAACUGCUGACGCGUCGGACAUGCAGACAGCCCUGGCGCUGUCAGAGGUGUACGACGCGGCGGCGCCGGCGCAGGGCCUGCUGCCUUUGCUCAGGGAGGCGCUGUGGCAGUCGAUCGUGGCAGAGGGCGACCAGCCCGCGCCCACGCCCGCCGCGGCUGCGCUCCGCCGCGCGUUUGCAUCCUCUGGCGGCGCCCUCCUGGGCCAGCUGGCGGAGCGCAACCACCGGCUGGAGUUCUGCCCCGCCUCCGCCUUUGUCGCAGAGGGCUUCUCGGCCGAGCGCUUCCACUCUGAGGCCGCGGCCGUGCAGCUGACGCUGGGCGCGAUGCAGGGCGACAGGCAGCGCCUGGCCAACCUGCUGCGCAGCGCGCCGGGGCUCGUGCCGUUCCUGGACCGCGUGCAGCUGCUGCAGCGGGAGAUCUUGGUGGAGCGCGACGCGGCGGUGCAGGCUGAACUUUCGGCGCAGAUGCUGGCGGGCGACCCCUGGGGCCUCGGCGGCCUGCUGGGCGGCGGGGAGAACCGCUUCGUGGCGAUACGGCGGGACCACAUGCUGGAGGACGGCUUUGAGCGGCUCAACAGGCUGCCGGCGGACCGCAUGAGGGGGCGGGUCCGGAUCCAGUUCAUCGACGAGCACG